AUGGCUAGCCCGUCGGCGCUGGCGACUCUUGCGGCGACUCUGGCGGCGGCAGUGCUGCUGCUGGCCGACGGGUGCGGCGCGGCGAUGUACAAGGUGGGGGGGCUGGACGCGUGGGCGCCGCCGCCAGCCUCCAAACCCGACGUGUACGUGCAGUGGGGCAAGUCGCUCCCCUUCAAGCUCGGCGACUCCCUCUUCUUCCUCUACCCGCCGAGCCAGGACAGCGCGGUGCAGGUCACCGCCAAGGCCUUCGCCGCCUGCGACGUGUCGGACCCGGUGCUGGCGCUCGACGACGGCAACUCCGUCUUCAACCUCACCGCGCCGGGCCGGGCCUACUUCACCAGCUCCGCCGCCGGCCACUGCCGCAAGGGCCAGAAGCUGUCCGUCGACGUGCCCGCGGCCGACGGCAAGCUCCUGCCGCCCUCCGCCGACGACCAGGCCGCGCUCAAGGCCCUCGCGGCGCUCCCGCCCGCCGCCGCGCCCGUCGAGGCCCUGCCCUCGCUCUCCGACAACGGGGACGACUCUGCUGCCGGGACACGGGGGGUCGCCGGCGCCGGAUCCGCGGUGGCGCUCGCUGCUGCGGCCGCUCUGUCUCUCGCUCUGUUCCUGUAGAUUCGGGAGCUUCUUGCUUGCUGCUGCUACUCACAACUCUUCUUCCUUCCCCAUUCAUUUGAUUUUUGAUACGGACAGACGACCUUGAUGUGUAUUUGGAUUAUUAAUCGAUGUGGAUUGGCACAUUUU